AUGUCGACGACAUCACCAGCACCAGCAUCGCAAGAGCACGUCCGAGUCUCUCCAUAUCCAGAACGGCGCCGCAGCCCGGUCUCAAGUGAAGUCUACCAGCUCGUGGCCUCCCACGUCUACCGGCUGGUCGUCCAGCCGAUCGUGAAGGCAACAGUUGGCGAGCGCGACUCCCCCGGCAACAAUCUGGAUCCUUUUGUUGCUGGCGGAACUUCGUUCCAAGAGAUAUUGCAGAAACUUUGGGAACAGUUCAGCCCUCAAGUUAAAGGCAGGGCAGUGAAAACCGACGGGACUUGGACCAUUGAGCCUGCUACACGCACCAAGCUCAUGAUAUAUAAGGAGCAUCUCAAUAGUAUCAACCAAUCAACACACAUGGCGCUCGACUGUGUGAAUGCAUCCAUUGCCGAGGCUGUUCGCCUUCGCAAUGACUGGGAUGCAUAUGGGCGACGUUUGGAAUGCUUCGAAAUAAGCCUUCCGACACGCAAGGCUCAGAUCGAGUCGUUCCUUCACCACAUCGACCUUCCCAAUCAAGACGAACUGGCCGAUCCGUUGGAGAACAUGGAAAAUGUUGAAGACAUCGAGCACCAAUAG